UUUAAAUUGUUUUGGUUUUGAUAGUUUUGAUUGAUAUCGAAUUCGAAUUUCGGAAUUUUCAAAGAAUUUUUGAGUAGUUGUGAAAUAUUUUUAUUGCAUGUUGAUAUUUAUUUUAAAUUUCACCAUAAUUAAACAUCAUCGCAGGCUUACCAAAAAUUGCCUCCAUCUGCUGACCGGUGAAGGAAUAGGCUACGAAUGCACUACAAACUGAUCAAAAUCAGUGUGGUGAUCAAGAGUACAUGCUGAUCAAUUGAAUCGUUAUUUCAAGCCAUUAAUUGCCAGUAUGUCUCACGUUCAGUACAUCGACGAAUUGGUACGAGAAUACCUCUUGUUUCGUGGAUUCACAGCUACCUUAAAAUCGUUCGAUAAUGAGUUAAAAGUUGAUAAAGAUAAAGGAUUUCGAGUUGACCGAAUUGUGGACAAUCUCUUGCAGUUGAUUUACUCCUAUGAUUUAGUUAGUUUGAAAGAAUUAUGGAGUCACUUCGAUCAACGUAUGUUUUCUAAACUGGAGCAAGAAUUUUUACCUGUUGUGAAGAAGUUGGAAUCUGCAGUACUCAAGUUUUACGUUAUUAACGCUGUAUCGAAUAAUAAAGUUGAUAAAGUUAGUGAUUUUUUGAAUAAGAUGACGAACGAAAUUCAGGGCCAGCCUGAAUGGAAAGACUGGUAUGUUUUACCUUAUAUCAAAAAUCCGGAAGAUAAUCAGAACUUCUCGAUGUAUUUUACGAGACAGUGGCAAGAUACUUUGUUGGUAACGCUGCAUAAUUUCCUGUCGUUGGUGUAUCAGUCUAUGCCACAACCAGUGCUGACCAAUUACGAAAAAGAAGCUUUCAAAAUCCGCCAACUUCAAGAAGAAAAUGAAACUUUGAAACAGAAAUUAGCUACCUUUAUCGAAUACAAACAGCAGCAACAACGAUUCGCCAACAGUCAAGAUAAUUCUCAUGUACCGCCGGAUAUUAUCGACGAUUUUUACGUGAUAGCUGCCGAAACACCGUCGGUGAAUAAUACAGAAAACACGGUCAAGUCGUUGAAAAAUUUAAUUCGUACGAUCGGUGUUGGAUUACCAACUAGUCCUUUAUUGGGGAGAAAAUCAACUAACGUAGUCAGCACUAACGUGAACGUAGAAAGUAGCCGAAGCACAUCUCAAGAAGGCGGCGGUGGCCGUAGAAAACACACGAAACAACGUUUGGGAUCCACUCCGGGCAGUAAUUCUGUGCUAAAACAAUCCAAUGACGAAAGUAGUGGCGGAAUGGCUGUUGCUAAACGUUCAAUUUCAUUAGAUCGAGAAAAUAAUAAAACGAGAACGAGCAAUCGUGAUAGUUCCUUGGAUAAUGCUGAUAGAAGAAAUGCUCGACCUGCAGUUUCUAAUAAAAUACCUCCAUUUUUAUUACUCAGCCAGGAUUCAUUCGAUGGGCAUCGUGCUAGCGUUACUCAGUGUAAAUUUAAUAAAUGUGGUUCAACUGUGGCCAGCACAGAUGCGGACGGUGUAGUGAAAAUUUGGUCACCUGCUCCAUCGCCUGUGUUGUUAGGAACGUCUACGUUUAAAACGACCAUACGAUGUUUGGACUGGGUGAAUAAAAAUGAACGAUUUAUAGUAUUCGGUAGCGAAGAAGGCGUUAUUAAUUUAUACGAUACCAAAGAUUUCAAAAGCGUUUGGGAAACUGGAACUGAAAACAACAGUCCUCUGCGAGACUCGAAAGUGGUCAGUGUUUCAUCCAGUCCGACCGAUUCUUCGUUCGUUUGCUCGGCAGUUUCCAAUAAAAGUGAACAUAAACUGCUACUCUACGAUAUUAAAGCGAAAAAAUUGGAACGUUCGUUAAGCUUGGACUGCGAUCCCUCGGUAAACGUUACAUGCUGUACUCAUAAUCACAACGGACAGCUUUUAAUAGCUGGUUGCUCAGAUGGCACCGUACGUACGUACGAUUUGCGCCAUGCCGAAUGUGUGGAUCAGUGGCAAGCUCACAAAGAUUCUAUAUUAGGAUUACAAUUAUCUGCUGAUCAUACAGCUUGUUAUACGUUAGGAGCCGAUAACAAAUUAUGUAGACGAAGUUUGAAUAGUAAUAAUCAAGGGCCUACUUGGGAUGCGACCUUAUCCGCUGAUCCAUUGCCCAUCCAUCCUGGACAUAAAUUUACGUUAGAUCAGACCGGAAAACAUAUCCUAUUAUGCUAUGGACAACCCUGCGGCGGAACCAUAUUCAAGAUUACGAAUAUUGGUCUGACGUCUGUAUUGGCUCUGAAAGGACACAAAACCAUUACGACUGCGUGUGAUUGGGCUACCGCUAAUCAAUGCUGUACUUGUGUUACCGCGUCCACCGACGGAAAGAUUUGUGUAUCUACGUUAUUAAUGCCUUGAAGGGUUGUAGUAUUUUAUUUCCAUGCAUUUCUAGUCACUGGGUAUGGGCUUACGUUAGUUUAUUUGUCAUUGCUGGUUAAAUAUUCUCCUAUAGUGUUAUCAUUGUAAGCGUAUGUAAUUACUUGUUUUUUAUUUAUUUACAUUCCUAUAUUUCAAUUGCGUAAUUUCCCAUUAAUAGAGUUUUUCUGAUGGAAAGAAAAACAUUGCAGCUGGAAUUUUCAAAUUGGUAGAGAAAGUUAGAGUAGAGCUUUGAAAUGAUUUUAGAUCAUACAGGGUGGACAGAAAUAUCGGGUACCCCUAAAAAAGUUUUCUACCAAAAUACUUCGGUUGGUCACAGUGAAUGAUGAUAAUGGUAGCACAUGAUUGGUUGUUAGACUGGAGAGAUAACAUUUCACCAAUCAUAUGCAUCUAUUUCACGUUGCCAACCUAUAUUUUUAAUGAAAAACUUUCUUAGGGGUACCCGAUAUUUCUGUCCACCCUGUAACUAAUCGAAAUUACAAACACCAACAAAAUGUUCUCUUUAUGCUGCAAUACUCAUUACUUAAUGGAAUAGUGUUAUCGUUGUUGUAGAACCACUUGUCAAUAUUUUCCUUACAUUUUCAAUUGAAAUAAUACAUAUUCAGUUUUGUACAUUUUUCAUCAUGUAUUGUCUUUAUUAUUGACAUUAAAUUUUUUUACAUUA